UCCAAUUUAUCAGAAUUUUAGAACGGACUGCAUGAUAUCACCAUGAUUAGAGAACCUCAAGCAUGGUCAAAUUUCUCAACAGAGUUAGAAGAUAUAAAGACUCUUCAAAGACAUUUCCAAGCAUCAAAGGUAUCCUACAUUCUUCUAGGGCAAAAUUUAAUUUUAGAUUCUCUAAUUAGAACUGCAAGAUUUUUUCAUAGUGAACUUUGUUUUAUUAGUUGUUCUAUUCCGGUUUUGUUUGUUAAAUCACCUUAAAUUUGAGUAAUAAAAUGACUAUUUAAUAUAAAAAGAACACAAAUAUAUUAUAUAUUUUUCCUGAAUGAAACAAAAUAACAAAUAGUUAUCUUUGAUCUGACUAUUAGAAAUUGAAUUGACAGCUUCAGGGAUGUUAAUCCAACUAUCACCUCCAAAAUGAUACAGUUCUAGUUCUGCUCUUCUUUACUUUGAUCACCGAUCAUCCACCUCCUCGUCUCCCAUAAUCUAAUCUCCCAGUAAGAGCAUUAUUAUCCAUGAGAACACUUCUAAAGUUCUUUAACAAAAAAAUAUCAGUAUUAAAGUCUAAUAUACUUAAAAUCUUUAAUAUUAAUCUUGAAAUAAAAAUUAUAUUAACUAAGAGUUGACAAGUGUCUUUUAGUGCUCUCAAAAUUGUUUCAGAAGCUCUUCAUUAAGAACACCAUUACAUCCUCUUUCUUCACUUUUUAUUAUUUUGUUUUGUUUAAUAGUGAGAACACAUAUGAGAACAUAUCUAAGAACAUCCCAUUGCAAAUGCCCUUAACUUCUCACUAUCUCUAUAACUGGAUUAUGUUUUGUAAUUGGUGUGUAAACCACUAUUGGGCAAGGUCCACAAAAGCUAAAGCUCUGUUGGGCCUGUAUUGUUUGUUUUCUCAUGUUUUCCAUCGUAAAAUCAGUUUAAAAAAGAAAAAAAGAAAAAAAAACAAGAUACAGUAAUCAAUAUCAAAACCUUGUGUCAUCUACUCAACGUGUGGUUUUAGAGGUAGAGAAGUUCUCCCAUCUUGUUCUUCCUUUUGUUGGGUCCUCCUUUACUUCAUUGACCAUAAGAGAAAGAAACGGCUAGGAUGUCGCGUACGCAACUGGCGCAGACAAAUCAGGACCGUUAAAAGUAACGCGUCCAAAUAUCUCAGUGUCCCAUCUUUGUCCCCUUGCCUCUCACUUGCCCCCUCAUCCUCCCGACAACGUCAUAAUUCCAAUCUCCCUCCCCUUUAACCCUAAUUUCAAUGCACGUCUCAAUAUAUAAACUUAUCUCUCUCCCUCCCCAUUUCUCAAAACCCAAGAAAAAAACUCCAUAGCAUUUCAAGAAUCUUAUCACAAACCCAUCAAGAAGAAGAAAUAUAAGCUACAGAAGAGAUUGUAAGUUUGAAAUAAGAAGUAACAAGCGUCCGAGUGAGAGUAUGGCGUAUGAAGAAGUCAUCAAUGAGCUUAACCUUAAGGACACAGAGCUUCGUUUGGGAUUGCCCGGAACAGAUGAACAAGCAGAGGUUUCUUGCGUCAAAAGCAACAAACGUCAGUUUCAUCAAAGCAACGACGAGCACAAUCUAAAAGAAGAAUAUCCAUCUCCUCCUGCCAAAACACAAAUCAUUGGCUGGCCACCAGUGAGAUCGAACCGGAAGAACAACAAAAGUGUGAGUUAUGUGAAAGUGAGUAUGGACGGAGCUCCAUAUCUGCGUAAGGUAGAUCUCAAGAUGUACAAAAACUAUCAUGAGUUUCUAAAAGCACUAGAGAACAUGUUCAAGUUCACAAUUGGUGAAUAUUCUGAGAGAGAAGGAUACAAAGGAUCUGGAUUUGUACCAACUUAUGAAGACAAAGAUGGAGAUUGGAUGUUGGUGGGUGAUGUUCCAUGGGACAUGUUCUCUUUAUCUUGCCAAAAACUCAGAAUCAUGAAACCAUCCGAAGCUCUUGCCUUUUGAUCCUCUGUUGUCAAGAAAACCAUUUUUGUUUUUGGUAAAAAUUUCUCUCAGAGUCUCCUACUUUAUUUAGAAAUCUUUUAAGAAAAAGAGAAAUUGUGUACAAUAGGAAUAAGACUGAUCGACAUAGUUUCAAAUAGUUGUAACAGUAGAUUUUAAUUAUGUUAUACCAGUUUUGAUUAUACAAGUUAUGAUAAUCUAAUGCGAUUGCACCAUUUGCACAUGAA